AUGCUUGGACCCCCUGUCAACCUGCCCAAGUGGCUAGAGGAUAACUCCCAUCUCCUCAAACCACCAGUCAACAACUACUGCGUCUACAAUGAGGACUUCACCGUCAUGAUUGUCGGCGGCCCCAACGCCCGGACAGACUACCACAUCAACGAGACCGCCGAGUGGUUCUAUCAGUACAAAGGCGCCAUGAUGCUCAAGGUCGUCGACGAGGGCAAUGUCUUCAAGGACAUCAUCAUCAGGGAGGGCGACAUGUUUUUGCUCCCCGGAAACACCCCACACAACCCUGUACGCUUCGCCGACACGGUGGGUGUCGUCCUCGAGCAGCGCCGCCCCGAGGAGUCCCUCGACCGCAUGCGCUGGUACUGCGAGUCCUGCCGAGAGGUCGUCCACGAGGCCGCUUUCCACUGCACUGACCUCGGCACGCAGAUCAAGGCCGCCGUCGAGGCGUUCAAGGCCGACGAGGGGGCGCGGACGUGCAAGAAGUGCGGCGUUGUGGCGGAGGCGGCGCCCAAGCCUGGGUCUAUUAAGGAUCCCAACCUGGAGUGA